GUAGACUUUCGUAAUCGAGCGAUUUUCCCGGGUUUCAAUGACUUACCAGACGAGAAUAAUGUUAGUCUCAAUUUCUAUGCAAGCAAUCACGAGUUUACGUACCAACCACGGCAACAUUUGUUGUUCCUGGCCGAGAUCGUCGACUUCCGUACAUUGGUUCGUCUGCAGAUGGACAUCAAGGAUAUUGACGGUAGGAUGAUCCCGCUGUUCUUCUACACGGACGGGCGGGGCAGUGAGUUGGCGCCUGCACAGGUUUGGAAAGGGUACACCGCUGCGAUUCUCUACGCGCAGCGUCACACAUUCAUGACCUCUGAAAGGGGAAAUCCACCACAAACUCAGUUUAUGUUUCUAACAACAUGUCCCCACCAGAUAUUUCCACUAUCCCUAAACAGUUUGCUAGCGUUGAGCGGCCGGGUCCAACAAUUCUCGACGGAAAUGAAUGGUACAAGACCCUGUCACGGCUGCGGUAAGCGGGCAGCCUCCUUGAUGAAGUGUACCAGGUGCUCACUCUUCUGGUACUGCAACGGGGCCUGUCAGAGCGCUGGCUGGAGUGAAAAAUGCCACAAGGCAGACUGCAAGCUUCUCAAGGAUUCCGAUUUGAAUGGAUUGAUUUCCCUUAAGGGGGAUAAUUUUGAAGGCCAUGUUGGAUUUCCCUUGAAUACUGCACGACGAAUCUGUCACGGUGAGGCUGUUGGUUGA